AUGGGGGUAGAUUUGUCUAAAAGGCGGGAGGCCUGCCUUAAGGGAAUUGGAUCUUUGUCUAAAGAGCAGAUCGCUCACCUUAAGGAGAUUGGACAAAUAGUUAGAGCUCAUAAAAUUGUGUUACAAAGCAGAGGUGAGAUUCCUACAAAAAAAGGGAUUCAGGAAUUAUUGGAAUAUAUUUGGCAAAACUGUCCAGCAUAUCCCCCUUAUGGGUCUUUAAAUAUUAAAACAUGGACAAAUAUAGGCUCUUAUUUUCAUGAAGAGCCCAGGGCACCAACACCUAUAUUGAUUAAUUGGAAAUCAGUUUUAAUCGCCCUCUGCCUCCAUCACGGAAACACAGUUACUCCUUCAAAAAAGCAGGCGGAUGAAUUAACACCCUUAAACCCAACAGCCCCACCCAAAUAUGAGGACGUAACAAUAGAGACUGAAGGGAGGGUAGAAAGGGAAAGCAAAGAGGAGAUUUUACAGCAAACUCCUCAGGAAGAAAAGUCUAAUAUCCCUCCAAAAAAUGAAAAAGAAACAACAGAAAUCGUAGAGAUGGUAAAGAAGGAGAUUGCAACAGAGAUUGUAGAGAAAAUAAAAGAGGGAAUCAUACAACAAGCCCCUCAGGAAGAGAAAUCCAACAUUUACCCGGUUUUAAACAGUGAGUGUCCAUACGGACCCCUUACCACAGGGAUCGAGAAAGCAAGAAGUGGGGAUAAUGUAAAACUGGAGGAUUUAAAAAUGAUGGCCGCUUUCCCCGUUGAUUUUACAGGACAAAAUCCUGUGCACACUCCCUUGCCACCUAGUGUUUUAAAAGAUCUAAAAUCAGCCAUAACAACUUACGGCUUAUUGUCUCCAUAUGUUCAAGGUCUAUUUGCAAAUGUAGCUGAUAACUAUGUUAUGUUGCCACUUGAAUGGUAUUCGAUGGCAAAAGCUGUUCUCAGUAUGACACAAGCCAUGCUUUGGAAAGCCAUUUUCCGAGAACAAUGCGCGGUAUUACACGGCACUAAUGCCAAUUUUCCUGUCGCGCAACUGCAGGGAUCAGGCAACUUUAAAACACAGGCUCAACAAAUGGCCAUCCCUAGAGAUUCUUUGAAGGUGACCGGAAAAGCAGCAGUAUUUGCCUUUGGUCACCUAGAUGAUAUGAAAUCUGCCAGCACUUCUAACUUUAUUUCUAUUAGACAAGAAAACGGAGAGCCAUAUAGUACCUUUAUAGAGAGAUUGCAGACUGUAGUAAAUAGAGAGAUUGAUAAUGCUGUAGCCAGAAAGGAGUUAAUGAUAAAAUUAGCAUUUGAAAACACUAACGAAGACUGUAGAAGGGUCUUGGAGCCGUUAAGAGGGGAUUCAACAAAGAGGCUGGUAGAUUAUUUACGCAAAGCUUCAGUGAUACGGGGGCUGAUGUUUCAGUGA